ACGUAGCGAAUGUAUGUGUUAAAUGUUUCCCAUUGACAUUUGAAGAUGAUGAUUUCUGAAUUAAGAAGAUUUUUGGCUUGUUACUGGACCAACACAGAUGUUCAAACUGUUGUUUAAAAUACAUUGCAGUGUGAUGCCAACAACAUCAAUACCAGGGCCUCAGAAGUGUCUCAUGGAGUCAAACGGCCGCUUGACAGUAGCCACAUCUCAGGACCUCCUCAGAAGUCACCUUGCACGUCUCCCGCUCCCGCAGCGAUGCAGCAUAUCGGAGAGGAUGAGCGCCGGGAGGACUCUAAGAUGAGCUCUGUUGAGGAGAGUGUGAGGGAAGGUGUGACAGCUACUGCUCCAGAACGAAGCCCUCGCUCACGGAGGAAAUCCUGGAGGAGAUCGUCCAGAGGCAGACGCUCUCUGCCGGCCUUCUCCUGCUCCUCACAGCCUCUGUGUGAAACCAUCAGUCUGUCUUUGCCUGAUAAUGAGAGGCUGGAGAUGCUAAUUAAAGCUGCUAUGCAGAUGACAGUGAAGAGGGCCAAAAAUAGUCUGUACACUGUUCCCGGUGUUGAUACAGAGAUACUCCAGACUCAAGUUGAAUCUUUGCAUGAAGAAUGGGACAGUCUGGCUAAAGACAUCAAAAGAGAAACCCAGGCUUCACUUUCAGCCGUUGAGAGUGACCCUGUUGUUAACAUGAACGCUGCGCUCAUUCAGGAGGACAUUAACAGGUUACAGGCAGAAAGUAUGUCGUGGGAGUCGCUUUUGAACAAACAUAGAAUCAAAGCUGACGAGCUAGACAAAUGUGUGGAGCGAGGGGAAGAGAAGGGGGUGCCGCUGGACCCGUCGUGCUUUGCAAAGUCCUCACAGAGUCAGCUCAUUAUGAACAAACCUGACUACAAUGCGGUACUCGCGGGACAGCAAAAGCUGCUCAGAAACAUGGAGCUAGUGAUGGACUCACAGUGUUGUAUAAUGAGGGAGCUGCUGUCUUUUCAUGAGAAGUCACAGCUGCUGCUAAAAGAGACCAGUGCCAGACUAGCUGCCAGGGCAGGAUUUCAGAAUCUCCCUUCAUCUCCAGUCAGACAGCUGAUAAAAGGACCCAUAUCUAGCGUUUCCUCCUAGUUUACAGUGCCGUAAUGAAUCCCAUAGGAUGCUGAGCUUCCACACAAAAGCCCUACGAUCUGAUAGGACCAUUGCGGUUAUGCAUUAUGUUUCGUUUCAACUUUUAGCUGUAUCGCAACACGUAUCCUUUUUUUUUUUUUUUUUUUUUUUUUUUAAAGAGCAUCUAAAUUCAUACUAAACCUCUGUAUGUCUGUUUUGGAUUUAGUCCAUUUAAAUGCUCCGAAUGCGUACAUGAAGCGCAAAGAUGAACACUAGAUGGCAGGCUAGUUAUUCACCUAGUUCUUCAAAGCUCCACUUUAACCUGUGUAGUUUUGCAUAGAUUUUGUUUCUCUCAAUUUGACAGAUUUCUAAAUAUAAUUAAAUGCCUUGACAAUUGCUUCAAA